AUGCGCCUCUCAACCGCAACCACUGCCACCAUCCUGGCCAGCAGCGCCUGGCUCGCCUCCGCCGCCGACCUCACCUUCGUCAUCCCGCCCCACCCGGCCGCGCUGCCCGCCGGCGCGUCGUCGCUGCCGUCGUCGACGCACGCCACGCUGCACGCGCGCGGCGCCCCGCUCUCGGCGCCGCUGCGCCGCGACGGCACCUUCGUCUUCGCCGACGUCGCGCCGGGCAGCUACCUGCUCAGCGUGCACGGGCGGGACCACUUGUUCGAGAACUUGAGGGUGGAUGUGGAGGAGGCGGUGGAUUACGAGGGUAAGGAUGGGGAGGAGAAGAAGGGAGCAGCGGGCAAGAAGGUGGAGAAGGUGAGGGCGUGGCAGACGUUUCGGGGGAACGAGUGGGCGAAUCGCGGGGAGAAGAGGGGCGAGUCGUCGGCCAAGGGCGGCGAGAUGCUGGCGGAGGUGCGGGUGCUGGGGAGGAAGGAGUACUAUCAGGAGCGGUCCGGGUUCAGCCCGUUGGCGUUCUUGAAGAACCCGAUGAUCCUGAUGGGCGUGUUCAGUUUGGCGUUGAUUGUGGGCAUGCCGUAUCUGAUGGAUAACAUGGACGAAGAGACUCGUGCCGAGUUCGAGGAGAUGCAGAAGAGCAGCCCGCUUGCGCAGAACCCGGCAGCCCAGCUGCAGAACUUCGAUCUGGCGUCUUUCUUGGCCGGCAAGACGAACGACCAGCCGCAGCAAUCGUCACAGGGUGGUGGAAGCGGCUCCAAGAAGCGCGGCUAG